CGCCCAUUGAGCGCUGCUGGCGCUGAGCACAGCUACUGUACGUAAGUUAGUUUAUGCUUUAGUCAGGUCGACGUGGACGUUGCUUGCUUGAUCGAUAUUGUUUUUCUCAUGUGAGGGAGCCGAUUCACAUCACAUCUUAAUCGCCGUUAGCUCACUAUCACAUUCUCCUACCACAACGAAAACGUAACGCAACACACACACAAACAUACACACUUUUUCCCCCUGCACCUCGCCAUCGGAUACACGGAGCUUGCUGCCCCCGACAAAUCUCCAGCAUGAAUUUGUCUGCAGAUGAGGCUCAGGCCGACACUGGCCAGCCGCUCACCAAAUACUACUUUGCCUAUGGUAGUAAUCUUCAUCUACAGCAGAUGAAACGAAGAUGUCCUGGAAGCAAAUUCAUCGGCUCUGGGAAGCUGGCAGAUCAUCGUUGGCAGAUCAACGAGCGUGGAUACGCCAAUGUUAUCGAGUCGCAAGGUCAUUGGGUUGAAGGCCUUGUUUAUGAGAUCAACCCCCGCGAUGAGGCUCGUCUUGAUAUCAAUGAAGGUGUUUCCAAGGACGCAUACCAAAAGAAGUACAUGGCUGUUACGCUACGGCGUGCCGAAGCCGCCUUGUAUCGCCGACCUGUGUCUUGGAUUGUCAACAAUGGUGGCCCAGACCACGCACGAGUCCUUGCCCGGCAAGGGGAAGGGCAGAGGAAGGCCAUCAACCACAAGCCGCAUUUGGAACAGAACAUCUUGGUAUACAUAAGUCCAAGAUACAUUGUCGAUAGCGAGCCAAAGGAGGAGUAUAUCAACAGAAUCAAUUCAGGCAUUGUUGAUGCCACAUCCUUAGGGGUCACCAAUGAUUAUAUCAGCAACUGUGUUCGACCUUUCAUUCCAGCACCGACUGGCCAGACCUCAGGAGACAAAGAGGCAACUGGGCCUGCGAAAGCUACCGCACCGCCGAAGCCAAAAGUUGUGAGAAAAGUUCCGAAUCCCGCAAAGAAGGUGAAGCAAGCUGCCCGCGAGGUCAAGCGAGCAACUCCUCCCAGAGGGAGAGAAUUAUCACCGCCAAACAACAGGACACCUGGCCAAAGACCCCUGCACCUUCAACCUCAGGUGGUUCAAGGUCAGCGCUUGACCAGGAACGCCGCAUCGAAUGUGCCUGAGAGGCUCGGGCGGCCUUCACAGUCACGGUCAUCAGCACCACCACUUCCCCCAAGGCCACUCGCGCCACAUUACCCCGGAAACACUCUACAGGUUCCUGUUUCUGGUCGGCGGCGACCUGCAUCAGAAGUUGGCGCCCCACCACCGCCUCUACCUCCUCGGCCAACCCGCCGAGUUCGCAGUAUACCGGUAAUCGUUACUCAUCAGGAAGGUUAUGGUGGUUAUUGGUAUCGAUAAAAGCAUUUCUAGCCCAGUUUCCUUAAAAUACCCAAAUAUGAUAUCCUUCAGACAAUAAAAGUAGCAUACAACACAAUUUCAUAAAACAAGGACUAAUAUCUUUGUCUGCUUGAUGCCGAUAUGACAGAUCCAGCUGGCCCUAAGACAUGUCAGAGCUUAAAAGGGUGUGGAGAAUACCUGUACUCACUCCUUGAACUUGAUGCUCUUGAUGAGCUUCGACUGGUUCCUUGAGAAGUUGGCGUAUUAUUCCAUAGGAAACUCAUUAUUGUUGGGCCCUGGAGCACAUCCCCACCAGAGUUGGUGACGAGAACUGUGGGUUUAACAAUUGCUUUCAGCCCGAGCUUUCUACCACCCUCGACUCUCUCGACGAAAAGCCCGGGAGCUAUAUCAAAGAGAUAUAUGACACCGCGGCGUGCUUGAGAAGCUGCCUUUGUUCCACUCAAGUCAAGAAUUGCUCCUCCAUUCGCUAGAUUCAAGCAUUGGUAAACCUCCAACCUCGUCGCAGCUGUGCGAGCAGGCCACUUCAAUGAAAAUACACUGGGCGCCAGGUGAAGCUGAUGAGCGAGAUCUGCUGCAGGUUCUACAAUGCUUCGACGAACAGAACUAUGCAGUUCAGCGGGAGGACUUUUCGGGGCAAUGAUUGAGAGUAAAGUUGUCAGAUCGUCAACAACAAAAUUCAGAAAUCUUUGCCGGCGCGUUCUGAAAGAUGGUUGGUGAGUUAAGGCAGUCAGCGUCUCGCUUCUCCAUUCCCUACAAUGAGCUGUAUCUUGUGAGAUGUCAGCAGCUUGGUAUAUAUAUCACGCCCUGGGAUUAAGACAAACCUCUUGGCAGUCGGGACAUAGUAUUCUCGAGAUCAUCAACCCAUCUCGACGUUCCGUCACCUUCCGUAUCAUCGAGAGGACAAUAAAAGGACUUUGAGAACAGAGUAACGUGG